CAUGCGCUCGCGUUGUUAUUGUUGUUAUUUGUUUUCGGUUUUGACUUGAUUUUAAUUUUAUUUGUUCGUUUCGUUUUCGAGUGCGUCGUUUUUCUAUCACAUAUUCACAUACCGAACAAAAAACACGAAAUCCAUUUGAACGUUAAGCUUAUUGAUUUAAUAUUUAUGUACUCCAGGUAAAUGUACACGUUAUACUCGUGUCUCAUUACAUGAGUACUCUGCGAUUUUUUAUGACUUUCGAGCCUGCCUUAAAUGGUUUUGACUUCAGACCGCUCCAUUGAUUCCAUUUACUGAUUAUAUCGUCGCUCAACCUCGAUUACCAAUGGCUAGUCGACAGUCUGUUAGUUCAAUCUUAAAGCCACCUAAAGUAAGGGCACCUCUUAAAGAAAUUGAAACAGUUGAUCAAGAUGCUGAUGAGAAUACUGCAACAUUUUCUAAAAGAAAAGUGAGUUUUUCAGGGAUGAAUAAAAUAAAAAUGUAUAACACAGGUGCUACAUCUUUAACUGUUCAUCAAGCUCCUAUGUUUGAUGAGCAAAUUUCAAUGUUAUCUGAUUCUUCAAAUGCAGAAAAACCUAAAAUAUCAGGAAAGUUUGAAAAAUCUGAUGCUCAAAUUAGCAUUGAAUCAACUAAUUGUACCAACUUUGAAGAUAAUGAGCGUAUUAUUAUUGAGUAUGAAAGUCCAAAUGAUAAUAUGGAAAUGACCGAAGCACUAUCGGGUAAAAUAUUGUCAGACACUAUUUAUACUAUUGAUAAUAAUGGUUCAGAGCAUAUUAGUUACAGUUCAGACUAUUCAGAGAAUAAUAUGGAAUUCACAGAAGCAAUAAAAGUAGGCCAAAUUUUAACAGGAGAUAAUAGUUGCGAUUUAAGUUCUACUAAAAUGUCUGAAACAUUAGUUGAUGAAAGUGAUGAAGAAUCUGUUAGUCAAUUUAAUCUUUUACCUUCAACACCAUUAUCUAAUGUGCCUAUUCAAAAUAAUUUGAAUAUUAGUUCAAGUUCUAGCUGUAUGGAUUUUACUUGUGCAAAUACUAAAUCCAACCUAUCAUGUAAUACACAAUCAAGUAAUAUGGAAUUAACUUGUAUGACCAAAUCUUUAAAAUCUAUUUGGUCAAAUGAUGAUUAUAAAUCAAUGAGUAUGGAGUUGACACAAUUACCCAACAGGCAAACAAUUGAAGAUAAUUGUGAAUUGAUUUAUGAAUAUAGUGAACAUUCUACAAGUAUGGGAUCAGAUACAUCUUGUGAAAUUCAAGAAAAAAGCAGCUGUGAGUCAGACAUUGUACAAACUGAAAAAUCAGAAAAAAAUAAUUCAAAUUAUGAAACUAUUGAUUGUGUAUUGGACAAUUCUAAUAACGGAGAAGAAAAUAUGAUUGAGGAAUUAUCAUUAAGUAUGGUUUCAAUGGAUAUUGAUCCAACUUUAGAAGGUAAUGCAUUUGAUAUUAGUUAUGUAAAUGUUGAUAACCCAUUAAGAGUUGAGAAUGAACAAAAACUUUCAACAAUACCUAUAACAGCAGCAGUAGAAAAUAGUAGUAACCUCGAACAAAGUGUGCUCGAUAAUUAUUCAAAUAUAAUUGAUAUUUGUAAUCAAAAUAAUGAAUCUGGACUAUCUAUACUCCCUACAGGUUCUUCAUUUGUUGUAAAUAUGUCUCCUGAAAAUAAUAUCAAUAAAUAUGUUGAAGAAGAAAAACUUCUACAACAAACAUUAUAUGAUCAUACAUCUGUGUUAGAUGAAAAUCAAUAUCUUGAAAAUAAAUCAAUAAUUGUUGAAAAUAAUCUACAAAAAAAAUAUUCAAGGAAAACAAUGGUUCACACAUGUCCAUUAAUUGAUCAAGAAAACUCUCAUGAAAAUGAAGAUACAUCUGGAACAGUCAAGGAUAAUCAACAAAAAUAUUAUUCUAGAAAAUCGAUUGUUCCUACAACUGUUUUCAACGAUGAUAUAUCAGAUGAUACAAGUAUUGUAGUUGAAGAAAAUCAACAAGAAGAAUAUUCUAGAAAAUCAAUUGCCCCUACUUAUGUUUUUAAUGAUGAUAUAUCGGAUACAAGUGUAGUAGUUGAAGAAAAUCAACAAGAGAAAUACUCAAGAAAAUCAAUUGCCCCUACUACUGUUUUCAACGAUGAUAUAUCAGAUACAAGUGUAGUAGUUGAAGAAAAUCAACAAGGAGAUAAUGAUACAUUGGAUAAAAGUGUACCACUGGAAGAAAAUCAACAAGAAAAAUAUUCUAGAAAAUCAAUUGCCCCUAUAACUGUUUUCAAUGAUGAUAUAUCAGAUUCAAGUGUAGCACUUGAAGAAAAUCAACAAGAAGAUAAUAAUACAUUGGAUACAAGUGUACCACUGGAAGAAAAUCAACAAGAAAAAUAUUCUAGAAAAUCAAUUGCCCCUACAACUGUUUUCAAUGAUGAUCUAUCAGAUACGAGUGUAGCACUUGAAGAAAAUCAAGAAGAAGAUAAUGGUACAUUGGAUACAAGUGCAGCACUUGAAGAAAAUCUACAAGAAAAUUAUUCUAAAAAAUCAAUUACCCCUACAACUGUUUUCAACGAUGAUAUAUCAGAUACGAGUGUAGUGCUUGAAGAAAAUCAACAAGAAAAAUAUUCUAGAAAAUCAAUUAUCCCUACUACUGUUUUCAAUGAUGAUACAUCAGAUGCAAGUGUAGCACUUGAAGACAAUCAACAAGAAAUGUAUUCUAGAAAAUCAAUUGGGUCUAUAUCACUUUUUUACCAAACUCAGUCUCUUGAUACUGAAAAUUUAUCAGACACAUCUGGAAAAGUCAAAGAAAAUAAUCAAAAUAUAUAUUCUAGAAAAUCAGUUGCUCCUAUACCUGUUUUUAAUGAGGAUGUAUUGAAUAAAUCUGAAAUACUUGAAAAAACCCAGCAAAAAAAUUGUUCUCUACAAUCAAUUGCCAUGUCUGUUUUAAACCAAAAUCAAUCUCUCGGAAAUGAAGAUGUACCAAAUAUAUCUGUUUAUAAUCCAACUGAUUUGGCUGAAAAAUGUGAUGUAUCUGAGUAUAAUCCUACUUGGUCUACUGAAAAAGAAAAUACAUCUGUAUAUAAUUCAACUCGGUCUGCAGAAAAAGAAGAACUAUCUUUAUAUAACUCAACUCAGUUAGCUGAGAAAGAAGAUACAUCUGCCAUAAUUGAAGAAUGUCAACUAAAAAGAUAUUCUAGAAAAUCGAUUGGUCCCACAUCUUUAGCAUUUACUCAUAAUGAAACUCUAGAUGAUAGUAUGUCAAAUAAUUCAUUUACCGCUGAAGAAAGUAAUGAAACAAAAUCUGAUAAGGCGCCGGAUUCCGAGGUUUCAGUAUCUGUUAAUAAUCAAUCUAAUGUACAAUCAGAUAUACCUAUUAAUAAUGAAAAUUUAAUUCCAAAAAGCAAACACCAAUCUGAAUUACUUAGUAUGAUAAGUGAUGAUAAUUUUAAUUCACCCUUUAGGAAAAAACCAAAGAAAUCAAUAAAUCUAACAAAUUUAACAAAAUCAACUGUUGAAGAUCAAUAUAUUAAAAAUGAAAUGGAAAUUACUAAUGAUAAUUUUUCAGAGAAUUUUGAAAAUGUUAGUAAAAUGGAUAUAUCAAUUGAACAUGAAUUUAAAAAUGACAGUAUAAAACACGAUUCUCCUGAAUUUUUAGUUGUUUCAGAUGAUGGUAAAUCAAUCAAUACAAAUAUUGUACAUAACCAUAUGUCUGAAACAAAAAAAGAAGAAAACAUUGUCAUGGAACUUGACGAAUUGGGGACGAAUAUAAUAAAUGAAGAAAACAAUAAAAGCAACUCUAUAAAAGUAACAGACAAUAUUAGAGAGACCAAUCAUAUUUUAAACUCAAAUUAUUCUCCCAGAUGUAUUGAAGAUAAAACUACAAAAUCUGUUGGUGUUAAAGAUAUAUCUAAUAUUUUAACGGACGAAACACUUCAAAACAAAGAAAAAUCAUGUUCGGUAAAUCGAAAAAGAAGUUAUAAUAAUAGAGAUUGUGCACCCUUAUCUUGUUCAUCAUUUAUGUCUAAACCUAAUAUUCACCAUAAUAUGGGUGAAGAUUUCAUCACGGAUGAUUUUAUUGAACAAAGUCCUAUUAAAAAUGAUGUUCCUAAUAAAAGCUUAACUAAUGAACAAUUAGUAAUAGGAAAUGAGCUUCAAGAAAGUAUGAUUAAAAAUGAUUCCAUAAAAGAAAAUUUGUGUAAUGAAGUUUUAGAAUUUUUAACAAGGUGGAAUGAGCAAUUUAUUGAAAAUAAAUUAGUUCUUGAUAAGUGUACAAACAGACAAUGGGUUUUUAAUGCAUUAGACAGUAAUGUAAUUUUAACAAUAACAUAUUCAAAUAUUUCUAACAAUAAUUCAUUUCUUAAAGUGGAAGAUAUAUCAUUUACCUCAACUACCGUUGGAAAAAAUGAAAUAAUAAAAUUUGGAAUAAAUUGGAUCUUAUCAAAAUACAAUCCAAAGGUGUACAAACAAAUAUGUUUUACUUCAAGAGAUGUAGAACUGUUAUUAAAAUCUCUGUUAGAGGAUGUUGACUAUAUUAGUAAAGUAAUGAACAAUAUGUCUUAUAUACGUGAUAUAUAUUGUGUUACAUUUAAAGAUAACAAAGCUCAAUUUGUAUUACAUAAUAUGAAGUGCCCAUUGAUGGUUCGUAUUGAGAUAUUAUUGUCGAAUAUUCAUAAGUUUUCUAUUAAAGAUCUGUCAGUUGAUUGUUUGUUUGGCAAUUUCAAUAUAAAAUUGUUGGAAGAAAUAAUGGAAGAUAUAACGAAAGAUUAUAAUGUUUUGCAGUCUUUAGUAGAAAAAUUAAUAAAACUCUACUAGUACAAAAUUAAUUGA